AUGAGUCGUUCCCAUGAUGAUGAUGAAGGGAAAUUUUAUAAGAGAUUGUCUGGUCAUCAACCUCCAAAGUAUGAUGGAGAACAGGAUCCAGUUCGCUUUGAGGAUUGGAUUGCAGAAAUGGAGAAACUAUUGGAGGCCAUAAACUGCCCGUCAAGGAUGAAAGUGAAAUUAGCCGCAUUCUACUUAACAGACACUGCUGAAUUAUGGUGGAGGACUGUAAAACAAACCGCCAUAGAUUCUACUUGGGAACAAUUUAUAAAGAAGCUUCGUGAUCAAUUUUACCCACCCUCGCUUCAGAGAAAGAAAGAGAAUGAAUUCUUGUUUCUGAGGCAAGGAACUAUGUCAGUGAUCGAAUACGCAAGUAAGUUUAGAGAGCUGGCUAGAUUCGCUACCGAAAUAGUGAUCUCUGAUCGGGGCAAGGCGAUUAGAUUUUUCGAAGGUCUGAACCUCAGGAUCCAAAACGGCACUCCUAGAUACCAAGAUUUUGAUGAUUUGUACAAUCAAGCCUUGGAGUACGAGCGUAUUUUGGAAAAAGAAGACGGGUUUAAUAAACGAAAGAAUGAAUCCAAUAGUAGCGGUGGAUACAAGAAGGCAAGGAAUGAGGGGAAGAAGUCGUUUCAGACCGUAGUUAGGCCGACACAGUGGAAAUGUAAGUUAUGUGGAAAAGAUCAUCGAGGCCGAAACUGUAAUGGGAAGAUUGUAUGUUACAAGUGUCACAAGGAGGGACAUCUGGCUAAUAACUGUGGGGAAAUGUUCAAUCAGAGCAAAUCAACAUCGAAAGCUGCAGGAGAACAGAGCAUUUCGCACUCAGAGGAAUGA